UUAUUUGUAGGUUAUUGUACCGAAAAGUCAAAAUAAUGUUUACAAUUAUUACGAAAUUUAAACUUUCCUCGCGCAAUUUGUAAUAGGAACCACGAGAAACAACCAGAUCGCAACUAUUCCAAGACUGAUAAUCGACUAAAAAUAUCCUUAGGUGCUUGUAAUACUUAAAAUGAACAAGUUAGAGGAGAGAAUGGAGACUCAGAAGCUAUUGGAGGGUCACAAUGCAGCGUUGAAUAGCAGCGGGAGCACCACCACUGUAACAGACGAAGAAUGGACGGACGAUUCUAGUAGCAGUUCUUGUUCGGGCUCGGAUAGCACGAUUCCGGAAUGGGAACCUUACGUCGACGAUUUUACAGGGGAGCUUUUGUAUAUCGAAUGCCAUCCCUUCGUAGUUCAAAACAAGGAUACUAAAAUGAAGAACACAGUCUCCGAACCGCUGGCUAGAACCAACUUGAGGCGUAGUACGAGAGGAAAAUUCUUGAAGUUGUUGAGAAGAAGGGAUAGUCGAAGGAAAAGCAAAAAGAAUCAAAAAUCUAUAGAUUUAAGCGACACGAAUACUUCCAAAGUGAAGUUCCAAGAGCUUCAAGAAGGUGAAGAAAAGGAAGUUAUGUUGGAAAUAGACGCGGAAAACAGGCACAAUUUAAGCAGUGAUAAAUCUCUAGCAGAGUCCUUACUGGGUCUAAUUGUAAGCACAUUAUCUGAUGGAAACAGAGUGAUGAUAGCGGGCUUUUGUUACGACAGCAAAGCCCGCCAAGAAAGAAACAUCAAAAUAGGAGAUUGGUUGAAAAGCAUCAACAACAUAGAGGUCAACGUGCAGAAUUUAGACGACAUACUUCAAAAAUUCAUCAACAGAGAUGACGUGCUGCUGAAACUGCAAAGAGUCGCUGGUGUGGAAGUAACGAAGGAUCCGCCUAUCAACGAGCUCAAUAUCGAAUCGGAUUUCGUGAGGGAAUUGUUGAAUUCGAGAUCGGAAGAGGAGCAUAAUUUGAGCCAGCUUCUGUGCGGCCAGCCCGUCGGAGUGGUGUACAUAAAUAUGGAUAAUUUGAAGGAGAGCAAUCAGAAUUACGAGGAUGUCGUGUAUUGCUUUCCGAAACCUGCGCAGAAGAACUUACUGGCCACGUCCCGUGGGAUGUUCAUUACAAUCAACCACUUGUUGUUUGACUUAACUAAGAGCAGACCCAAAGUGUCUUCUUUAAAAUGUCACGGGCAAUUAGCUAAUGUGGUAUUUACUAAUUUUAACAAAAAAAUACUGCUUUUAAUGCUGCCUGACAACAAAGCUUCCAAAGAGGAGAUAUUGUUAAUAAACAACGAAAUAAUACGGUUCCUUCAGUUUUCGUACGAAAAUUUAGAUAAUUGCUUCACGUCUGAAAAGUACCUUCCUCAAGUAAGCCAUUUCUUUUUCAAGUUAUUCGCGAGAUCGCUAAGCGAUGGUCAGUGGAGCACUGCCGAACAGUUUCAAGCGUUAGAAAAUGCCGAAUUAAAGAAAUGCCAUCCCCAGUUCGAAGACGCCAUGCCUGUGGCUCCCAGCUUGUGUUUGCCUUACGAAGCUCAAAUCCAGAUAGAUGACGCCCUUUCUGAGCUAGAAGCCAGCGACUACAGGGAUUGGAAUGAAGAACCAUUAGAUUGUCAGAGACUGUUUACGAUUUUGGGCAGCGCAAUUUUUCAUGCGGGAUACCUUUUAGCCACUCACUUUAUGCACGAAGAUCUGAUAGACGUAUUUUGCUUUUGUAAACACCAAGGGUUGUUUCAUCUGUCCAAAACGGAGCCGGUUAAAUCUCUGGUGCUCUGGAAAGAAGUGUUUCCCUCUUCUUGCAGAAUCCAGAACUCAUCCAUUAAGAUACCGAGCGGGAAAAGGUAUCUGCUCGUUGUUGAAAGCGGCAAGGACAUUUUGGCUGUAAUAAUGGAAGCUGGAGGUUGUACGGAACCGGCCGAGGGUAACAUGGGACCGGAUGCCUUUUACGUGGAAGAAGCUCAGGCGACUUUGGCGCAUUUUCAGGAGCUCGGCUUGAGCGAAUUGGCCGAACGACUCCUAACGUUGGAGCCUCAUCCGCAAAUAAUCAAACCUUUCCCUCAAUACAACAAACGAAGAAGCGACCUGUUAAAUUUUUCGAGGACUGGGUCGAGUUCUAUAAAAGAUCUUACAAAUUUGCCUAAAAAGAGCGAGGUAACAUCGAUUUUGAAGAAACGAAGCGUCGAUAUGAACGUCAUUCCGCAACUUUCUUUGAAUUCGCAAGAAGACUCUUUAGACGGGCAAUCGGAAGAGUCCGGAAGUCAAGGCGGUUACAGUGAAAUUAGCGACGACUCGAGGAGAAAUUUCAAGAAAGAUUUGAAAUACGAUUCAUUCGACGAAGAGUCUGAUACUGAUGAAUACGGGGAAGGAAGUCACAUUAGCGUGGCGAGUUUCGAUGUCUCAGAAAUGCGUCAGUACAUAUUAUCAGAAAUAGACGAUUUUCAACCUCCUCGACUGACGACUGGACCCGAAAAUAUUUUGUACCACUACGUUCAAUUAGAUCUGAGCCAAGGAAUUUUGUUGUGUCCACCUGAGUCCAAAUAUCCAACUCCGACGUACAAUUUUAUUAUAAAUUGCUUCAGAAGGAUAUCUCUUAAAAUACACUCGCUCUUCCAGAAUACAGUCAGGUUUAAGAAUAUGCCUCCACAAGAUAUCGCUACGUCUGUUAUGAACAAGAGCUUGGUAGCAAUAAAAGAACAUGGAAUUUUGUUCGAAUGCCCGUUUUUGGACGAAGAUGGAAAAAAGAGUAAAAUCAAAUAUUGGGUUUUAGGGAGACUAUUUUACAUGCCGCAUCCGAAGGAAUUGUACGUUUGUUAUAGAGAUGGGAUUCCUCAAAAUUUAAUAGAAAUGGCGUUCAAAAUAAACAUGAGAGCUGUAUAUUAAGUGCAAUUAUUUUUAAUACUCAGAAUUUUACUUAAAAAUAUAUUUUUGUAUUCUAUAUAUCUAUUUAUUAAU